UUUCAUCUCAUCAUCAUCAUCAUCAUCAGGCAUCAGCAGCCCCAUUCACUACCCCACGAACCAACGCAACCUUCGGCAACGUUGCGCGAGAGAGCAAACAUCGCAUGUUUGUUCUCUCUCUCUCUCUCUCUCUCUCUCUCUCUACCCCACAUUCAAACUUAAACCCCACCAUCGCCCCCACAACCCCAUAUCUCUCUCUCACUCUCUCUCUCGUCAAUCGACGUUACUGCUCUUACCCUUCAAUUCCAGCCAAAGCCAAAUAGCUGAACAUACACUCUCAAUCGUUGUUUCUUCCUCCAAUUGGAUCUAACACUUGUUGCGCCCAUUUUCAGUAUCAUAUCGUAUCAACUAUUGCUUCACAAUAAUGAUGGAGAAGGCAGAUCCUUCGCAGAAGCUUUACACGCGGAUGCGGCUAUGGGAGUUUCCAGAUCAGUAUGUUAUUGAGGCCACGGAUGGCUCUACUGGCUCCUGUUUGGCAAUCAGUCGGGUGGAUGGGUCAAUGAAUAUUAUUGAUGAUAUUCCACAAUGCAGCACUAUUCGAGUACCGAAAAUUUGGACCAUCUUUGGUGUAAUUGGGAUACUAAAGCUCUUGGCAGGGUCAUAUUUAAUAGUAAUAACGGAACGUGAAUGUGUUGGAUCUUACUUGGGGCAUCCUAUCUUUAAAGUUUCAUCCUUAAAGGUCUUUCCUUGUGAUCAUUCUCUUAAAAAUUCCCCCUUAGAACAGAAAAAGAUGGAGGCUGAAUUUUUUGGGCUUCUAGGUGUUGCAGAGAACACUCCCGGGUUGUAUUUCUCAUAUAAUGUCAAUAUAACACUGAGUGCACAACGAUUGCAUAAUUUAGGUGAUGAGUCAAAGCUGCUUCCUCUUUGGAGACAGGCAGACCCUAGGUUUUUCUGGAACAACUAUAUGUUGGAAGUGCUCAUAGAUAAUAAGCUUGAUCCAUACUUGCUUCCUGUUAUCCAAGGGACUUUUCAAAACUUUCAAGCAGCCAUUGGAAAAGACAUUAUUGAUGUUACUCUUAUCGCACGGAGAUGCACCAGGAGAACUGGCACUCGGAUGUGGAGAAGAGGAGCUGAUUCUGAUGGCUUUGUUGCUAAUUUUGUGGAAAGUGAACAAAUCAUGCAGUUCAGCGGACAUACAGCAUCAUUUGUGCAGAUUCGAGGGUCAAUACCAUUCCUCUGGGAACAAAUUGUGGAUUUGACUUAUAAGCCUAAGUUUGAGAUUGUGAAAGCUGAGGAAGCUCCACGAGUAGUUGAACGACACUUUUUGGAUUUAAGGAAAAAGUAUGGAAAUGUCUUAGCCGUUGAUCUUGUCAACAAGCAUGGAGGCGAAGGACGCUUAAGUGAAAAAUUUUCCAGUUCGAUGCAGCAUGUUGUUAGUGAUGAUGUGAGAUAUUUGCACUUCGAUUUUCAUCAUAUUUGUGGGCACAUUCAUUUUGAGCGCCUCUCUAUGCUGUAUGAUCAAAUUGAGGAUUUCCUCGUUAAAAAUAGGUACCUUCUUUUGAAUGAAAAAAGUGAGAAAGUUGAGGAGCAACUUGGAGUUGUAAGAACCAAUUGUAUUGAUUGCUUAGACCGUACAAAUGUUACCCAGAGCAUGCUUGGUCGAAAAAUGUUGGAAUUUCAACUUAGAAGGAUUGGUAUUUUUGAUGCUGAGGAAAGUAUUAGUACACAUCCAAAUUUUGAUGACAACUUCAAGAUUUUAUGGGCAAAUCAUGGGGAUGACAUAAGCAUCCAGUAUUCUGGUACUCCUGCUUUGAAAGGAGAUUUUGUCAGAUGUGGCCAGCGUACAGUCCGAGGGAUUCUUAAAGAUGGCUGUAAUGCCCUUGUACGCUAUUACCUGAAUAACUUUGUUGAUGGGAACAAACAGGAUGCAAUUGAUCUCCUACAAGGACACUACAUUGUUUCUGUUACCCGAGAUAUCGCCCCUACAUCUCAAAAAGGAAGCCUUGAGGCUGUAGCUUCCUUUCCACUGGCUUUGUCACUGGUCCUGCUUGGAUUCUUCCUCACAAUACUGUCAUUGAGUCAAGUUCGAUAUGAUCUUCGACACUUGUUCUUCUCAACCUUGUGGGCAAGCAUGAGUGUAGCAAUAGCUGCAUAUGUUAAAGCCCACGGUAGGAUUUUCUGUAAUCGGCCUCGUCUGCACAAACCACGGCGUUGAUGAUUCUAGGUUAGGGGCGGUGCUCCUUGCAAUGUGGAAUAUUUAUCAAGCUCACUUUUACUGUUGAUCAUUUUUCUUCUUUUAACAUUAUUCUUUGUAAUCCAUGUAAUUUUUUGACUUGUUCAUUGGUAAUAUUUGAAGGUUUUAUAAUGACCUAUAUUGGGAUGCUGCCUUUAUCGGGGACCGUAGUUUUUAGGCUGCAUUAAGACUGGUAAUUUUACAGGAAUGCUGUGUAAGAUGAACCUUUGUACAUGUCCAGUUACAUGCACAAAAAUCAUGUUUUAUUGUAAGAUUUACAAUUGAUUGA